AUGGCACCGAGCCCGGCCGCCGUCGGGGGCUUGCUGCGACAGGUCGUGCACUACCACCUCGACAGCGCCUCCUACGACAAUGCCCUGUUCUUCGCCGAGCGCCUCACGGCCCAGGACCCGAGGUCGUCCGACGCCGUCUACCUGUACGCCCUGUGCCACCUCCGGCUCGGCGACCUCCGCUCCGCCUACGACGUGAGCAAACCCCUGGGCUACCGAGGCGUCAACCUGUGCUGCGCUUGGGUCUUCGCCCAGGCCUGCCUCGGGCUCGAGAGGUACAAGGACGGCAUCGUCGCGCUCGAGAAGUCGAGGGGCCUCUGGACGCAAAAGUGCGCCAUCGGCAAGCACUCGCCCACGUCUCGAUCCGCGUCGCCCGACAUCCCCGUCGUCCUCUCGCUGCUGGGGAAGCUGCACCGUGCCUACGGGGACAAGAAAAAGGCCGUCAGCUGCUUCGAGGAGGCGCUGAAGAAGAACCCGUUCAUGUGGGACGCCUUCUCGGCCCUCUGCGACAUGGGAAUCAACGUUCGCGUGCCCAACAUCUUCAAGGCAAACGACGCCCUCGUGCAGAGCUUCGACCAGGAGGUAACGGGUGUCGAUGGCCGGGGAGGCAUGGCGGCGGCGCCGGAGCCGUUGCCGAAGCGGCCCUCGGCCCGGAGCGCCGCUCUCGACAUGGCCCACGACCCGUUCGGCAUGGGCCUCUCGCCGGCGGACCUGUCGAGUCCCACGGCGGGCAUGCUCGCCGAGCCCGGAGACGACUUCAUGUCCAAGAUACAGAGCGCCCGCCUGAGGCUCGCCGCGUCGGCGUUGUCGGCGCCGGCCAACGGCCAAGCCACGGUCGACGGGCUCGAGACGCCCACGGGACCGGCCGCGACCGACCCGUCGUCGGCUCCUCGAUCGGCUCACGGGCAGGAGGCCCCCCCGGCGCCCUCGCGGCGGAGUCGGAUGGUGCAGAGCGUCGACGCGGGAAUGGAGGCGCCGCCGCGCAUGAACUACCGGCUCGGCUCGAAGCGGAACGUCCGGAGUCAGGAGCAGGCCGUCGAGCUCAUGUCGGACCUGCCCAACGUGCCGACGACGGCCAUGCGAUCCGGUGCCCUCAACACGGCCGAUAGGAAGCGGACUCUGUCCGGACACCCGGUGCCGCGGUCGGCCAACGCCGACGAGCCGGCGGCCCGUCGCAGCGCGCGGCUCAACAUGUUCAAGUCGUCGUCGACCAAGACCAACGGCGGACCGACGCCGGCCGGCCGCGAGCUGAAGAAGGCGAGGCCGCCGGUGUCGCGCAUCAUGAGGCCCGGCCCCGGCACCUCCAGCGUUGGCCGCGUCGUUAGCGGAAACCGAAAGCCCCUGGAGGACCACGGGGACGUCGACCACGGCGAGACGUCGAGGGUCAAGGACGCGCCCCCGCCGGCCGUCCCGGCGCGGCCGGUGGAGCCCGACGGCGCGAGGACCGAGGAGGCGUUGCGGUGGACGAUGGACCUCAUGAAGAAGCUCGGCAACGGCUACUACUUCCUCUCGCGCUUCCAGUGCCAGGAGUCGAUCCAGGCGCUCGGCACGCUGCCCGCCUGCCAGCAGGGAACGGCUUGGGUGCUCGCCCAGCUCGGCCGGGCGCACUACGAGCAGGCGGCCUACGGCGAGGCCGACAAGUUCUUCCGCCGCAUGCGCAUCCAGGCGCCCUCGCGGCUGCAGGACAUGGAGGUCUACUCCACCGUCCUCUGGCACCUGAAGCGGGAGACGGACCUGUCCUUCCUCGCGCACGAGCUCAUCGACUCGGCCUGGCACUCGCCCGAGGCCUGGUGCGCCCUCGGCAACGCCUGGUCGCUGGCGAGGGAUCCGGAGCAGGCGCUCAAGUGCUUCAAGCGGGCGACGCAGCUCGACGCCGGCUUCGCCUACGCCUUCACCCUCCAGGGGCACGAGCACGUGUCGAACGAGGAGUACGAGAAGGCGCUGACGGCGUACCGCCAGGCCAUCGCGGCGGACCGACGGCACUACAACGCCUACUACGGCAUCGGACGCGUCCAGGAGCGGCUCGGCGCCUACGACAAGGCCUACGACCACUUCUACGCCGCCCAGGUCAUCAACCCGAACAACGCGGUGCUCAUCUGCUGCAUGGGCACGGUGCUGGAGAAGCAGAAGCAGAUGGUGCAGGCGCUGAGCGCCUACACGAAGGCGGCCGAGCUCGCGCCGCGCGCCGCCCAGACACGGUACAAGAAGGCGCGCGCCCUCCUGACGGUGGGCCAGAUCGAAGCGGCGCGGCGGGAGCUCAUGAUCCUCAAGGACCUGGCGCCCGAGGAGGCGACGGUGCACUUUUUGCUCGGCACGCUGUACAAGAACACGAACGAGAAGCAGCUGUCGGUGCGGCACUUUACCAUUGCCCUGUCGCUGGACCCAAAGGUAGGUUCGGGCCGCGGGCCCCCCGGCCCUUCUCGAGCGGCGCGACGACGGCUAACGGAUCUUGCGCCGCAGGCCGCACCGAAGAUUAAGGAGGCGAUUGAGAGCUUUGAGGACGACGUGCUGAUGGACGACUCGAUAGCGUGA